UUGAGCAAGAUAGGUUGCAUGAACACAUAGCUGCACAACCUGCUGGUCAGAUGCAGUGCAGUGAUUCACUUACAGCACAAAUACUUUAACAUCACAUGUCGAAGUCAUGGUUCAUGGGAAGAAGUUGGCCAGGGAGACGCUGCUGCCUUCUGUGCUGGAAGACGAUGACGCAGAAACAGAAAGUGAGAGGCUGCAGCUGGGGGAGCGAAGAGUGAGCCAGACAGAGGUCGGCGUGCGUGGGCCAAAGGACCAACGCUCAAGCCCUGACGGAAACAUGGUAGACGGAGGUGAAAGAGAGGGUAAAGAGGAGGAGGAGGAGAAAGAAGAGGAGGAGCUGGGAGGAGAGGAGUGUGUGGUCUCUGAUGAGGACUACGACACAGAUUUGGAGCUUGAUAAGGAGGAGGCAUAUGACCCGACGGGGCAGACGUGCUACAUGGAGGCGUGUGAAACAUUACAGGUGGUACCAGCUUCUUACUUCCUGCGGCAAAUGCUAAGUAGCGAGCUGUCCUUGAUGCAUCGUGGUCUGGGACCUCAGGGCACCAAAGCACUGGCGGUUCCCCUGGUAACCAACACUUCAAUACUGAGGCUGAACCUGCGAGAUAAUUGGAUGGAAGGAAUGGGCGGAGCUGCUGUAGCUGAGAUGUUAAAGGAAAAUUGUUACAUUACAGAGGUGGACCUAUCCGAGAACAACCUUGGGGAUUAUGGGGCCACAGCCAUAGCUGGUAUGCUUAAGGAGAACAGCACCCUGGUGAGCCUCAAUCUGUCAGGAAACCAUUUCACAGACCAGUCCGCUGAACACCUCGGUCCAGCACUCAUCACCAACACCAAACUACAGCACCUUGACCUCAGCCACAAUGCUCUAGGAGAGCGUGCAGGGCAAAACCUGGGAGACUCUCUGUCAGAGAACACAGGGUUGAGAUCAAUAAGUCUGGCCUGGAACUGCAUUCGAGGAAGAGGAGCUGUGAUGCUGGCCAAUGGCCUCGGGGGAAACAUUUUCCUUAGAACUGUGGAUCUGUCAUUUAAUGGCUUUGGUAAAGAAGGAGCCAUUGCUUUAGGGCAGGCUCUGAAAGAGAACACCAUUUUGGAGGAGUUGAACGUGAGUAACAACAGAAUACCCCCUGAAGGAGCUAUUCGCCUAGCCAUGGGCCUCAAAGCAAACAAGACAAUCAAAUCCCUGAAUAUGGGGAGGAACCCCAUCCAGAAUGUUGGUUGCUAUGGGAUCCUCAAGUCUGUACAGGAAAACCCUAAUUCAGCCUUGGAGGCAUUAGACUUUUCGGACAUCACAGUGAACCAGGAUUUUGAAGACUUGUACGUGGCAGUGAAAGAAAUUUUCCCUGUGCUUACAGUGAAUCACGGGGGCAGAAUUGGCACAUUCAGAAAAGCAAAAGCUUGAAAAGUGUUUUUGUGUAACUUGUGUUAAAAAAGUGUAAUUGCUGUUAUUUUAUGCCAGAAGAGAUGGAAGGAGUCUUGUCAAAGCCCUGUGGAUGUUUUCAUCGACAGAUGAACACAAGGAUGGAUGCAUGCAAGGAUAUUAUCCUAAAAAGAUUAUUUAAAAAAAAGAGCCACCAUAGAAUAUUUAUUUGAAUUAAAUGUACUUAGAUCAAAUAAAACUUGUUAAAUGCCCAAUCAAUUGAAAAUAAAUAUGGGGAAAAAAGUUCAUUUUUCAAAAGAAACAAUACAUACACUGCUUGUGUGCGCCCCUGAAAUAUAAUGUUCUUGUUGAAUGUUAUAAAGUCAUUGAACACAGGCAUACAA